GCCCAGAGCAGCCCGUGACUUGCGGCGCGGGCCGUAGACCCAGGCGCGAACUCGGACUUUGUCUUUGGGGGCCCCCGUGCUCGGCCCUUCCCGGUUUCCGGUGGGAUCCCAGAGGAGCUUCUGCCCUCCCAGCCUUCUCCACCAUGUCCAAGAUGCCGGCCAAGAAGAAGAGCUGCUUCCAGAUAACCAGUGUCACCACGGCGCAGGUGGCCACCAGCAUCACCGAGGACACCGAGAGCCUGGACGACCCGGACGAGUCGCGCACCGAGGACGUGUCCUCGGAGAUCUUCGACGUCUCUCGGGCCACCGAUUACGGCCCCGAGGAGGUGUGCGAGCGCAGCUCCUCCGAAGAGACGCUCAACAAUGUCGGGGAUACGGAAACUCCCGGGACCGUGUCCCCGAACCUCAUCCUGGAUGGGCAGCUGGCCGCCGCCUCAGCUGCGCCCGCCAACGGAGGCGGAGGCGGCGGCGUGUCGGCCCGGAGCGUGGCGGGGGCUCUCGCCCAGACCCUGGCGACGGCCACCACUCCGGUGUCCGCCCCGGGCCCGGGUAGUGCAACUCCAUCUCAGCCCCCCGCCACUUGUAGUUCCCGUUUCCGCGUGAUCAAGCUGGACCACGGGAGCGGAGAGCCGUACCGGCGCGGCCGAUGGACGUGUAUGGAAUACUACGAGAGGGAUUCGGAUAGUACCCGCUCCGGGGAUUGCAUCCGCCACAGCAAUACUUUGGAGCAGACUGCCGAGCGGGACAGCGGGCUGGGCGCCACCGGAGGGUCGGUGGUGGUGGUGGUGGCCUCCAUGCAGGGGGCGCACGGGCUGGACUCGGGAACUGACAGCUCCUUGACUGCUGUGUCACAGCUACCCCCGUCGGAGAAAAUGAGCCAGCCCACUCUCGCCCAGCCGCAGAGUUUCAGCGCUGGGCAGCCGCAGCCUCCGCCGCCCGUAGGUGGGGCUGUGGCUCCAAGUUCGGCACCGCUGCCGCCGUUCCCGGGAGCGGCGACCGGGCCGCAGCCCAUGCCGGCAGGAGCUCUGCCAACCCAGCUCCAGGGAGCCGUGGCCGGCGGCGCCCUCCCGGGGCCUGUUGGCCAGGCUCUGCCACCGACGAAUGUAAACCUGGCGCCGCCAGUGGGCCUGGCCGCUCAGCCGGGCCCGGCGGUGGGCUCCUCGCUGCCGCACCAUCCCCAGCAGUUCGGGUAUCCCCAGCCUCAGCUAGCACCCGGGCAUUUGGUGCCCGUGCAGCCCCCGGGCCAGAGCGAGUACCUGCAGCCGCACGUGGCCCUGCAGCCACCCAGCCCUGCGCAGCCCUUGUCCUCAAGCGCUGGCGCGACCUCGGCUUCGGCGGCCAGCUUUCCUUUGGGCUCUGGCCAGAGCGUCUCCUCCUUGGGUGUGCAGAUGAUGGGCGCCCCUUCCCAGCCCAGUGAAGCUCCAGGUCCGGUUCCUGGCGUCCAGGCCGCUCCUUGUCAGCCGGCGGGAGUGGCUCCAGCUGCUCUGGGAGGCGUGGUGCAGCCAGGCUCGGGGCUUCCCGGGGCUGGGCAGCCCCAGUCCGUGCAGCCUCCGCCGCAGAUGGGGGGCAGUGGUCAGCUGUCAGCCGUGCCUGGUGGUCCUCACACCGUGGUGCCCGGAGUUCCAAACGUGCCUGCCGCGGUACCCGCUCCAAGCGUGCCUAGUGUGCCCACCACUUCUGUUACUAUGCCAAAUGUACCCGCGCCUCUGGGCCAGUCUCAGCCGCUGAGCAGCCACACGCCAGUCAGCCGGAGCAGCAGCGUCAUCCAACAAGUUGGGCCGCCCUUAGCGCAAGGCACACACAGUGCACCAACGAGCCUACCACAGUCUGACCUAAGCCAGUUUCAGACUCAGACCCAGCCUUUAGUUGGGCAAGUUGACGAUACUAGAAGAAAAUCAGAACCCCUACCUCAACCACCACUUUCUCUCAUUGCUGAAAAUAAGCCUGUUGUGAAGCCUCCAGUUGCAGAUGCCCUGGCAAACCCCCUUCAGUUAACACCUAUGAACAGUCUGGCCAGCUCUGUGUUCAACAUAGCUAUUCCUGUUGAUGGUGAUGAAGACAGGAAUCCUUCAACUGCUUUCUACCAAGCGUUCCAUUUGAACACGUUUCAGGAAUCAAAGAGCCUCUGGGAUAGUGCGUCUGGGGGCGGUGUUGUAGCCAUUGACAACAAAAUAGAACAAGCAAUGGAUCUGGUGAAAAGCCAUUUGAUGUAUGCAGUAAGAGAAGAAGUGGAAGUUCUAAAGGAGCAAAUAAAAGAAUUAGUGGAAAGAAACUCUUUACUUGAACGAGAAAAUGCACUGUUAAAAUCUCUUUCAAACAAUGAUCAGUUGUCCCAACUCCCAGCCCAACAGGCCAAUCCUGGUAGCACUUCUCAACAACAAGCAAUGAUAGCACAGCCUCCUCAGCCAACGCAACCUCCACAGCAGCCGAAUGUCUCCUCAGCAUAAAGCUUUCUUAAGCCUCAUUAAGGAAAAACUGAAAGCAAUCUUUCCUUGUGUGCCACUGGUGUUCUUUCCACUUUAUAGAAAGCAAGUAGCCAUUGCUUCGGCUGUGUGCUUGGCCUUUUCAGUAUUAGACAAUCGUUCUACAGGAGCUUUCCCUCUCUAAGAUGCCAUGCAGCACUGUUGAUGUCCGCUUCUGUGUCAUCAGGACAUGAGGAGAAUAAUAGAUGGGGUUUAUUAAAGCAAGCAGAGUCUGCAUUCUACAUGUGCUCAUGAGUGGGAUCUUUAGAAGUUUCGGUGGCUCUCCCAUGUUCCUUAUCACCCGUGGGUUUACCUUGAGCCUUCCUGUCACAUUAUAAAUAACAGUUCAUCUAAAGAGCCACUUUUCUUUCAAUAUCAGUAACAUUUGCCUACGUAAGUUUUCAUUUAUUUUAUGUUUUAUUUAUUACAGGGCUGCUAUUUUCAUAAUGUACAUGAACAAUGUCACAGAACUUUUUUAAUUUUUUGGAUAAUUAUAAGUAUCAGUAAAGGAAUUGAAAGACAGGAUUACAUUUAAUUAAUAAAAUGUUUAGGCAAUAAUUGAACAAAAGAAUCCUGGCACAUUUCUAACACUAAUGGCAAUUUACCGUUGGUAUUUAUUUUCAAUAGUGAAGAUCCAGCUUGAAUGUAAAUUUUGUAUAGUGUAAGUGUGAAAAACACAGUGCACCUGUACAGGUAGUCACCAGUUAUUGUGAUAUAAUAAAUAAUUGGGCUAUUUUCAUGAAGAAAACUUUGUUCAUUUGUUUCUACUUUCUAAUAGAAAUUGCCAUGAUUCCUCUGCUUUUCAACAUUUCGUAUGACUUUUUUUUUUUUUUUUUUUUUUUGGGUGGGAAUAAAAAAGCUGUGAAAUUGUUCAACCUACUUUGUAACCAAAGAAGCAAAGCUGUGUAAUGGAGUUUUGUUUUGUUUUAUAAUGCACAUUCUUUAUGUAUUUUUAUUUAGUGUUUUCUUGGUCACAAUUUUCUUUGCUGUCUAGCAUGAUCUGCAUGGCCUGUAAUCUUUGAACCACUUUCGUACCUCAUGUUUUAUCCAGCACUCUUAUUGUACUGUGUACUAGUCUGUGAACAAUGUCAAAUAAAAAGAGCGAGCAGGUCGUAUGGUGGAGCUGAGCUAGCGUACAAUGCACCAGUUGUACAAAAACAAAAAUGAAGUGAGCCAUCUUUUGUUCAUUUAAAAUGGUGUUUUGAAUUUCAUAUGCAGAAAACGUUUUGUUACAUUGCAGAUUUUAAUGUAUUUAAUAAAUGCAACAUGCAGAUUAA